AGAUGUUCUACAUAUGUGAUAUGUAGUCAGCAUAACAGCUUAUUGAUGUUUUAUGAUGAUUUACAAUUAUUUUGAUAAUUUUCUUGGUGUGAACUUGAAAAUGAGAAUGUUGGGUAAAUGGUGCUAGCUUCAGCGAUUGCCUGGUCCACUGUAAUGUUCCUAGUGCCAGCACCAUUUUUGGUGCUGUCUUCACGGACAUCACGAUGACAGUUGACGGUACCACAACUACCAAUGUAUUAACCAAAAUUCGAAAAAUCCCUUUUGUGACAGACUACCAAAAAAUUGUAAUUUGUUUUUGCAAUCUGAGGGUGGAAAAAAUGUCCGAAAUUACGUUGUAUCAGUGCCGUUUGUGCUUAAAAGACUCCCAGUUUUGUUACUCUUUGUUUGACGAAGACGUCACCGAGAUAAUAGAGAGUUUCACCUCAAUUAAGAUUGACGAAGAGGACGAGCUCCCUUCAAUUUGCUGUUCGCAAUGCCUUGAGGACAUCUACGUCGUUUAUCGCAUUAGAAACCGCAUAAUCGAAUCAGAUAAAAUCCUCCGGGAGCGCUUAUCGCAAAAACCAAGCCCCGUCCCUGAAGAUUACUCGAUUAAAAUCGAAACGGAUUUAAAAACCGACAUGUCCGAGCCCAUUUCCGAACUCGUGAUAAUUAAACACGAGACUGAGUCAAACCCCAUCCCUGACGACUCCCCCAGCGAAGAAAUUGAAGUCACGAUUAACCCCGAACUGAACGAAGUUUUCAAAAAACAAAUCGAACUCAAACGCAAAUCGGCGCUUGAAAAACCAGAAAACAACUACGAAUGCACCGAAUGCAACCUCCGUUUCAACUUCCAGAAAUACUACCUCCAGCACAUGAAAAAACACAACAUCUUGAGCGUUUGCAAGAUCUGUAGCCGGCAAGUGCUCACUUGCAACUACCGAAGACACCUCGAGGUCCACAAAUCGUCGCCGAAAGUGUGCGAAUUGUGUGGGGCGGUUGCGAAAAACGCGGAGAGUUUAAGGGGGCACAUGUUCUACAUGCACAAGAGCACCGCCGAGCAAUAUAAGUGUAAACAGUGCGGCAAGUUUUAUAGAUACAAGUAUAAGUAUCAGUUGCACGUACGGAAGGCCCAUGGGGGCGAUAAAACCCACAUUUGUGAGGUGUGCGGGAAAGCGUUUUACACAGCUAGGGACGUAAAUAGGCACAUACAAAUGACCCACAUGAAACUGAGGCCCUAUGUGUGCCAGUACUGUAAUAAGGGGUUCAGCAGUUCGUAUGCGAGGCGCACACAUGUGAGACAGCACACCAACGAGAAGCCCUUCAAGUGUGAGAUUUGUGCCGAAGGGUUUAGGCAAAGGGUGUCCCUGAAGACGCAUUUGAGGUCCAAACAUGGGAUACUACAGAUUGGCGAGCAAAGCUUGCACCAAUCGGCCCCAAACGAGGCGCAAGUCGUUAGUUAAGAGACUGUGAUUGGUUUUGAGUUCAUUUUAUUACGUACUGUGCCGUAAUCGUUUUUAUAUUUUAAUACUUCCAUGUGAUUGAAUCGUUUUUAGUUUCGUAGUGUAAUCGGCGGUAACUGUUGCAAUUUUAAAAAUAAAGUCGUGAAUUGAAAUCAC